AUGGCGCGCUACCACGAUACAAAGCCUGUCUCAGGCUGGACAGGCCAUAUCCCUGGGGCCAAGUGGCAGAUCGGCUCACGACGUUCCGAUGAAAUGAGCGCACUCAAUUCGAUUCUCAAACAGCCGACGAGUGUCUUUCCGCAAACAGCUCAAAAUAACUCAACAAUGGGACAAUCACGUCCAAAUGAAAUGCCAAUGAAUGGUCAACUUCAACCAUUACCCAAUCUUCAAAUGAUGGCAAGAAAUCCGUCAAUGAUCGGCCCUUCAUCGACGGGAUUCCCUUCUGGACUUUCCCAAGGACAAUACCCAAUGUAUGGCCCAUUUGGAUCUACACAAGGUCUACAAACGAGAUUUCUCCCGCAAAUCAGCCAAUCACCAAUCUCGCCACAGGCCAUGCAAAGCAUUCAAAACUACGCGGGAUCUUUGGCUCAAUCGGGCCAAGCUCUUGCCAACAGUGCUCAAGCUCUUGCGCAACAAGUACAAAAUGUACAGAAUUACGCCUCUCUUGUCCAAUCGUCGUCCAACGAAUCGGCGUUCCCCGGCAACCCUCCUCAACCAUUCCUCUCUUCAAAUCCCACUCUUGGAUUAGAUGGAAUGGUUGGCAAUGGGGUGCCGAUGCCAUACCCGAACGACUCACAAAUCAGUCAAUUCGGCUUCAAUUCACAGGGGAUGCCAGUAAGGAUUCCAUCGGAUGUGCAAAAGCAAUACCAACAACAGCAAAGAAUACAAAAUGCUGAUGGAAGUUACACGGUGAUCACCACAACUAAACGGGGAAAGGGGACAUCACAUGGCCAAAAUGGGGAUCUUCGCCAAGCUAGGGAACAAGUGAGAACAUCAGCCAGUGAAGCGCAAAGACGAUCCAAAUCAGUACCGAGAAAAGUCGAAAAAGAUGCAUUUGAGGGAUUGGACGGUGGACUUUACACAAAAGGAGAAGUCGCCAGAAAUAGAGAAAGACGAGAGAUGGCGAUGAAGGGGAUCCCGAUUCAGGGAGGAGAUUGGAAAUCGACAUCGACAAAUCGAUUGAGAGACGGGGGAGGAGUCAGUGCCGCUGGCGUUCGAGAUGGAGUUGAACGAGCGUCAAGGAGAGUGCCAAGAGAUGCGACAAGGGAUGGACAAAGAGGUGAACGAGUCGGUGGAUUUGACGGCAAUGGUUAUGGAGGAUCUGGUGGUGCUCAAGAUGGAGAUGGAGGAGGAUUGGAUGGAAGUCUUGGAGCAAGCUUCAGGAAUAGGAACUACUUAGAAGAGGAAGAAGAGGACCAAGUGCCGGCUGCUGGCUACAGUGGACAUAUUCCUGCUUACAAGCGAAUAAGUGUUGGGAAGAAUUUCCACACGGCUGCUCUUGAAGCAAAAAAGGAAUACAUUAAAAAUCGAUACGGGGAUAGAGAAGCUUCCGAGAUUUUGAAUCCAAAUCGAUCUGUGGCUUUUGAUGAGAGUCAAGAUUGGUUGAAUCCCCAAAUGCAGAGUCUAAACAUUUCAUCGGUGCCCGGUGGCGGGAAUUCUUUCAACAAUCCCCAUCACAAUGUGGGUAAAAAGCCUUCACAGUACAACGAAUACGUGAAUCAGGCCGGUCGACAAGGGGAAAACUACGCAAAUCAGGGUUUCCACCAGAGCCGAUCGAUGAACAAUCUCCAACAAUUCCAACAAUUCCAAAAUCUUCAACAAUCCGGAUAUCCACACCAAAAUCUUCCAUAC